AAUUAUUGAGAAGGUUUUGAACUACCUUGUGAGCACCUGGCAGAAGCAUACCCGGCGGUUUCUUUCUCAGGACAUAGCUGUCAGAAGGGGUCUGGAUAAGGAAGGUGGGGUUGGAUUGUCCAGCACUGAAAUAAAUGAUCAGACACGGAAGGCAUGGAAAGUGAUUCACUCCAUUUUACGAAGCAUGAUAAUUUCUAUGGAACUGGAGCACUUUAGAUAAAAAGGUGAGCAUACCUGUAUUGUCUGACAGUGAACCUGUCAUUGUUGGACACCCCUCGUGUCUUUCCGGACAGAUAUCGCUGAAGAUUGACAGUGUUGAAUCUGUGUUGUUCCCGAACAGGAGUUGCUGUUUGGUCUUCCAUAAUUUCAGUGUGGAUUAAUUAUUUGUCAAAGUCAUAAAGUUGAAUGAAUUAGCAAAUCUCGUACAAUAUGGAUUGUCGAAUUGAGGUGAGCGUCAGUGUUUUGCAGAUCAAACCUUGCGCAGUCAGAAGUUUUCUGUAAAACGUCGCUACAAAGAGUGACUUUUCACAGAUCGGUAAAUGCACAGAUUUGCUGAUGGCACGCACUGGCCGAUGGUCGAAUUUUUUAGAUGCCGUAGAGAUCAUGUAUUUAUAGGACACUUUUUUUACUCAACGCAGCUUGUUUCUGCCCGGACUGUAUUUACACAAACGCGGAUUGCCAGCUGAUUCGAGCUGUGUAGACGUGUACUAGCCCAUCGCUUGUAAUCUUUAUGUAAUUGUCGAGGCUUUUCAAUCUAGGCAUUUUACACUUGAACAACGGAGUAGUGUGGCUUAUUCCUUAAAUAAACAUGACCUCGAUCGAAGAACUGAAGCUGCGAGUGAGGGAGCUUGAGAACGAGUUGAUCAAGUGUAAGCAAAAGCGAUGUACGGCGAUGUGUGCCGAGGAACCUGCCGACAACAACCAACCUCAUCACAGACCAAGGAUCGACAAAAUGAGUGCAGAAGUAGUGGACUCAAACCCUUACAGUCGUCUGAUGGCUUUGAAGCGAAUGGGCAUUGUUGAAGAUUACGAGAAAAUCCGGACGUUCACUGUAGCCGUGGUGGGCGUUGGAGGAGUUGGAAGUGUGACUGCAGAAAUGCUCACAAGAUGUGGCAUUGGUAAGCUCAUCCUGUUUGACUAUGACAAAGUGGAGCUGGCCAAUAUGAACAGGCUGUUCUUCCAGCCUCACCAGGCUGGCCUCAGCAAAGUAGAGGCAGCUGAACACACACUCAGGAAUAUCAACCCAGAUGUGCAGUUUGAGACCCACAACUACAACAUCACCACCAUGGAACAUUUUUCACAUUUCAUGGAUCGCAUAAGUUAUGGGGCGCUUCAGGAAGGAAAGGCCGUAGACCUGAUUCUGAGUUGUGUGGACAACUUUGAGGCCCGGAUGGCGAUCAACGCAGCGUGUAACGAGCUGGGUCAGAUCUGGAUGGAGUCAGGUGUGAGUGAGAACGCCGUGUCCGGACACAUCCAGCUCAUCAUCCCGGGGGAGACGGCCUGCUUCGCAUGUGCUCCUCCUCUGGUGGUGGCGGCCAACAUUGAUGAGAAGACCCUGAAGAGGGAGGGGGUGUGUGCUGCCAGCCUACCCACCACCAUGGGUGUGGUGGCAGGGAUCCUGGUCCAAAACGUCCUCAAGUACCUGUUGAAGUUUGGCACAGUCAGCCAUUACCUGGGCUACAACGCCAUGCAGGACUUCUUCCCCACUAUGGCCAUGAAGGCCAACCCCACGUGCGAUGACCGCUACUGCAGGAAACAGCAGGACGACUACAAGAAGAAAGAGGCCGAGCGACCCAAAAAGGUUGUAGAGGAGGUGGUGGAGGAGGAAGUGGUUCACGAGGAGAACGACUGGGGUAUUGAGCUGGUGUCGGAGCAGACCGAAGAGGAACUCCAUGCGGCUUCAGGCCCCAUCCCCGACCUCCCAGAAGGCAUCACUGUGGCCUACACCAUCCCUGAGAAGGAGCCCGGGGCGUCAGGAGGGGAGACGGUGGAGGAAACGGAACAGAGUCUAGAAGAGCUGAUGGCCAAGAUGAGAACGAUGUAACCGGGACCAGAAAGACACCUCAACUGUCAGACAACCAUCCAUCGUCGUCGUGCAUCGCUUAUCUCCGCAACAUUGCAGUGAAGCUACCACCCUUUUCUAAUAACGGAGCAUCGACACCAUACAGUAUACCCCCUGCAAUGGAGCUUUGCAUCUCCACGUUCUUAAAUCAAGCACGAUUUUUCUUACCCACUAUACGUACUACAGUAUCAAUACGACAUAAUGCAUGUACUUCUGCUCCUUUGACAUGAAAGGGAAUGCAAUGCAUGGUUAAUGAGCUCAAGUGCUGCUGUUUAUGAUCUUCAUAUUCCCCAAGGGUAGAAAUUUACUAGUGUAAGCCUGUUCAAUAUGGAAGCAUAUAACUGUUGAAAUUCAAUUAGAAUUUCAGCAUUGGAGAGCACAAACUGGAUGCUGAAAUACCCUAUGCUGCCCCUAAAUUGUAUGUAAUUAUCUUAAAUAAACUUUUUCUUGAUGUAAUGGACCAGGUACAUACAGAUGUUAGUUAUAUAAUUCAUUAUGCUUGUUGACCUGAGAGGAAAUACUGUUGUAACACUCAGAGUUGAAUAAGUAAUUGCUGUUAUGGAUACAGUCUCGGACCAACUAUUACUACUGUAUGGAAUGCUAAUUAAUUAAAUUGUUAAUGCAUUACAUCCUUUCUUCUAAAACAUUUUGAAUGAUCGCGAAUGAGGCCUAAUGUUUCUCUGCAUGACAAUCCUGCCUUAAAUGUAUCUGUUCCAUGUCUAUCUCUGGUCCGUAGUGUUACGACAACAACGAGUGGCCUCUGCUACACGUUGUGGCGCUAUGGACCAGUGCUACUCUCAGCUGUUUAAACUGAUACAGAUGUAACUGAAACUUUCUCUGCUGAAACUGUACCGACUAACUCUCUGUUUCCACACUUUGUUUCAAUAAAGUAUUUAUUAGCCAGUUGA